UUCCAUUGAACUUGCCCAACCCAUUUCUCUUUCUGUCUCUUUCAUCUAAUACCCGCAAAAAUGGAAUACGAGAACCGCGACUACGACGACGAGCCUCAGUACCCCCGUGAGCGCUCGCGCUCUCCUCGCCCCGACCGCGAUGGCGACAGCAGACUCCGUAGCGCCUCGCCUGCUGCUGUCCGCGACGACCGCACUGCCCAGCAGAUCCGUGAGGACGAAGAAGAAGCCGCCAACCCUGGCUCCAACCUUUUCGUUACCGGCAUCCACCCCCGUCUGACCGAGGAGGAGGUCCGCCGUCUUUUCGAGAAGUACGGCGAUGUCGACACUUGCAGCAUCAUGCGCGACCCUCACACCCGCGAAUCCCGUGGUUUCGGUUUCGUCAACAUGGCCACUGGCGAGCAGGCCGACGCCGCCAAGUCUGGCCUUCAAGGCGAGGUUUACGAAGGCCGCACCCUGAGCAUUGAGAAGGCUCGUCGCUCCAGACCUAGAACCCCUACCCCCGGCAAGUACUUCGGCCCUCCCAAGAGAACCGACGACCGUCGCCCUCCUGGCCGUUUCGGUGGUGGUGACCGCUACAACGAUCGUCGUGGCCCCGGCAGACGCGACGAUUACGGCGGCAGAUCUGGUGGUGGACGCUACGGAGGUGGUGACCGCUACGGCGAUGACCGCUACGGCGGCGGCCGCGACUACGACCGCUACGAGGACCGUGGCUCAUACAGCCGUCGCGACCGUGAUGAUUACGGCGGUGGCUCCCGUGGCUACGGCGGUGGCCGCGAAGACCGCUACGCUGGACGCGGUGGUGCUUCUGGCGGCGAUGACGACAGACGCGGAGGAUACGGCUACGACCGUGGCAGUGCUCGCGCUGACGCUCCUUCCAGCUAUGCUGACCCCGCUGCUCCCGCCGCCGAUGCUGCCGCCUCUGGUGGCCGUCGUGCUUAUGGUGAGGAGCGCGGUGCUGACAGGUACGAACGCCGUUAAAGCGCCUACUAAUGACCAGGGGGAUCGAAAAAAGCACGCUUUGAUAUGCCGGCCCAUCGGUUAUUAUGCCCACCCAUCACCAUCAUGUACCUCUUCACCUUUCUCGUCAUCUUCUUGCCGCUCUUCCACGCUAUUCACGGUUCGUUCGGGGCGCAUCAGCAGAUUAAUCUCUCGGGUCUUUUCGGCUUCAGCUCGUCGUACGGCAAAAAAGGAAUCAGAAAUCUUGAGGCGUGACGUGCUUCUGCAACUAUUUUGGCGACACAACCCAGACACAAUCGCGCGUUAUACAGCUUUACGAUUCUCGAGCAUCUUUUCCGGU